CGCUACUGUAAAAGUUAUACACAUGUUAAAGGUUCUAGCACUUAUGGCUCAAAGUCGUUGUGGUAAAUUUAAUAUGUUGCACAAGGAUCCAAGGUAGUUGCAUACAAGCAUUUAUAUCGUAUAGCGGGAAAUUUUCCGCAAUUUUUCGCUAUUUGGCUCCAGAGCCCUCAGCAGAAAUGUUGCGUGGAUUUCUGCGUGGGUUUUUAUACAGUAGAACAUUGCUAACCCGAGGGACCAGACCCCAUCCGAAUACAUGAACAUUUAGUUCAUGCAACAAAUUACAAAAAUGUUCAUCAUGUAUAAAAGCUAUUAGUAGGCUACCUUUAUGUUAUGUAGUUUGGCAUCUCCACCGAGGCAUCAGCACCUGCGGUGCUUUCAUUGACAAUGGUAUUCUCUUACAAGGGUGUAUGAUAAAACCCAGGUGUGGUCGGGGUGAUAUCAAAUAUAUAACAGAAGUAUGCCCAAGCGAUGUAUACGGUAGUGUGUGUGUGUGUGUGUGUAAGUUGUCUGUGUCUGUGAAGACUGUUAUAGAUGCUCAUCAAUGAAGAGCAAGUAAGAUAUCCAGAGCUUCUAUAUAGGCUUCUAGUCACGUUUUCUUGGAUCUAAAUUUGUGGAUUUGCAAAGUACAUGUAACGUUUUGUUCUCGUGUUAUGCUUACUUGGAUUCAAUUGUAGCCUUUUCAGAAGAGUGCGAUAGCACUUGUUCAUAGAGUUUUACUGCUCUACUUGUAUAGAUCUACACCAGAAUGCUAGCUAUUGGUACAUGUAGCUGCAAGAUUGACAAAAGAGCUGCAAAGAUGCACUGUGGCAGCAACCAUCCUGUUUAGCAACAAUCAUUUUCCACUCUUUUGCACCAUUAGUAUUAAGCUAGCAACAAGCUAGCCUCGAUCUCAGGUCGCACUUCCUCGAAGAGUGGGCCUGGUAUCGACUGAUUGCGCAUGCACUAACCAUUGGCCAGAUACCGGCUAACACAGAUAACAGCUAACACAGGAUAACAGCAUGUAUGCUCAGUAAAACAAUGACGUCACAACGAACGGAAGUGGAUGGAAGGAAGUAGAUAGAAAGUUCGAUUGAAGGUUUCUAGCCCAUCUGAUAGCUACCCGUAGCCUGCUAUGCUCACAAAAGACUCACAGUAUUGCAACAGUAUGGAUGACAAUCGUCUGAACAGAGUGAAAACUGACAGUAGCCUAUACGGACAGGCCACGCCCACCUAAUGCUAACUUUGGUGAAAGUCUACAAAAAAAUUUAUUUUAUAAUUAUGGUGUUAUAUAGGCGUUAUAAAAGAGGGUGUCCUAACCAAGGCUGGUUCUAUAAUUAGAACGGUUACAGUAUACUAGCUUCUACCAAAAAGAAAACAGCUCUGUCUCUAGCUAGCUAGCUAUAUAUAGCUCUGUGUUUGACUUUUUAUAUUCUUUGUCAGGAUGAUAAUUCAGUAUUACACGGGUAAAAAUAGCCAAUAAUUUUACGCAUGAGCAAGCAUUCUCUUCAGGGGAGGCCAGUGAAGGAGGCUAGCAACUAGCCUGCAUGUAAAAAUGUGCACCAUCCUGUGUAGCUAAACUCUAUUUGCGUUGAGUCUAGUCUCCUUCGCAGCUUCUUCUUUUUCUGUUCUUCGUCACAAUAAGAAAAAUACGGGAGGAAUUGGAGGAACAAAGAAAUAAGGGGAGACAACGAAAAAGAAGAGCCUGCCCCGCUAAGUCUGGUGAUCUGCUACAGACGUAGCCAAAGUUAAGUGAGCGUGGGCAAGAGUAAACCGCAAUAUCUGUCCUCCCACACACUGUGACACAGUACACUUGGAGUGUAAGUGUGUAGACCUUUAGCCAUGCAGUAUAUAGAUCUACGAGAUGAAGCAUGAAAGGCUAGAGUACUGCUGCAUAUAAAAUAGCCCUUGUCAAAAGGACCUGGGCAUAAAGACCUUUCCUGGACAACUCACAGCAAUAUUUCAUGCCAAAAAUCUUACAGAUCCCUUCAAGUCAUCAGAAGGAAUGUUUCAGUUAAUUCACCAAGUUAAAGAAGCUAUACAUUGCCCUUGUAAAAUCACACUCUAUCAAAAUUCUCAAGUCAGUCCAAACUGAGAAGGCCAACCAAGUUUAUCCUCGAUUCGAUUACAGCAGAACUACAAACUACAAGACUCGUCUUAUCAAACUCAAUAUGCUCCCACUCUCUCUAUGGUUUGAGCUUCAAGACCUCACGUUCCUAGUCAAGUGUCUCAAAUAUCCACCAAACAAUGAGACUUGAAGUUCAAUAGCACAGGAGGCAAGGGCCUCCUCUGCCUCACUGCUAGUUACGCCCCUGGCACCUAGGUGUUACUACUAGUGUUGAGUUUUUAGAUGAGUUUAGAAUGACUUUGCCGUGGAGCAUUUUGAGGAAAGGGUAUUGCAGAGCACGAGUAUUCAAAACUCCUUCUGCGGUGUUCUGAAUCAUAUAUCUAGCUACCGAUAGCUCUAUAUAUGUUGUAUACCUAUAUAUAUACAUUGUAUACCUAGAAGCUCCUUCUGUAGUGUUCUGAAUCGUAUAUCUAGCUACCGAUAGCUCUGUAUACCUAGCUUCUUAGUUUUUCCUUGUGUGUUUAUUCGACAACGAAGUUUUAACCUCAAAAUCGUCCACUAACUAGAGUACUAAAGUGCAAACCCUCGGCUGGUAGGCCGGGUGUACAUAGCUGCCAACGUGUAAAGUUCAAAGUUUCUUGGCUUUUAUUCGACAAUGAAGCUUUAAUAUCAAAAUCUGCCACUAUUAAAACUAAUAACUUGUUGUGUGGCGCUAUGGCAUCCAGGUCAGCAGACUCAGACGUCACAGACAAAUAGACAGACCAACAGACACCAACAGACCAACUAAACUUGUGCAGGGUGAAGUUAUGGCUGCGGCCCAGCCUAAUAGAAGUACCGGGUAAAACGAGUGGUGCAAGCUGCGCUGUGCUAAUGCCUCUCGCUGUUGUUUUACUUUCGCUCAAGGUAAAGAGAUACAUCAUAUAACGUUACGUUAUUGCAAUUGUUGAAUUCCACACAUGCAGUCAUUAUAGGAGAGGAGCUGAAUGAAAACAGAAGCCUAUCUGAUGGCUUGAUGAAUAAUCUUCAACGAUACUGAAGCAACUGUUAAAUGGCCUGUAGCCAAACAGUGGGAGCAAACCUUUGUCAAAGGCACAGCACAGACAGUAGUAUCUAAGAGAAAGUGUAUAUCUAUCUACAGCCUCGAUUCCAGGCCGCUCUCUCAAUUGAGAAAGACGGCCUGGUAUACACUGUUUGCGCAUGCAUCAAUUGCCCCAAGAUUCUUGGGGAUCGAGAUAUCUUUGUAAAUUAGUCAGUAUAAUAGACCAGUUGCGCAAAAGGCAUAAGGAAUUUAAUUAACCGUGACGUCACGAUUGGACUGCUCCGGAAAGACCAUUCACUGGGCAAAUCAAGGUAAAAAUUGCACCGCAUGCGCUUUGAUCAGAGCUCAUUGCAUCAUAAAGAUCUGUAGAUCUAUUUAAACGACGUACAGCUAUAGAGUAAUAAUUUCCACUUAAUGUGGAGUUUGAACCAGCUCCAGAGACCGUGUAGAAGUAGAGAUAUAGAGAAAUUUGUAGAGAGAAAUGGCUACUUUCAGUAGUACAACCUCUGAGAUGGCUGCAUGUGCCACUGAGACUGGAGCAGCUGAGUUACCUGAGAUCCUGCUCACUCCAGGUGAUAUUGAUGGUGCUGUGCUAGAGCUCCCUUUUGAGAGACAUACAAAGCAUGCUCUGAGAUUUUGGUUGCUGUGCAGGAAUAACUCUGCCUUCCUCAUCAACAAAAGCAUUGCUUGUGGCCAGGUGAAAAAUGCGAUUGUUAUUGUUAUUAUAAAAUUAUUCUACACUGGCAAUAUAUUAAUAGUACAUGAAUUUGUGCAUCGUGCUAGGAUUGCUGAGGUAUUGAAAGAAGGAAAAGGUGAAGAAGUAGUUGACGUUAAUGGAUCCUACCUCUACAAGAAGCACAAAGCACUCAGUGAUGCAGGCGUACAAGUGAAAGAUCUUGUGGCACCUCCUCCACCUGUGAAUGGUUGGAUCACUUUAACCCAUGACAAUUGUGUGAAUGAAAGUUCUAAAAUGCCUCCAGUUACGUCAGGUACAUUAAUUUUACUGUGUGGUGCAUGUUAUUAUUGUCUUUUGUUUUGUGAAGGGUUGCUUUACAACUAUUUAGCUGGGAAUAUUGGUCGAAAAGAUGGUUCUGAGGGUGCAUUUCGUGCGCUGAGUCGUGGGUAUACUGUUUGGGCCUCUGGACGAGUGGAUAAAAUCGAUGUAAAUUCAAGUAACCCCUUGUUCUGUCAUGUACGGUGUGUGGUCAAGGCGUCAAUGAAGGCAGCUAGGGUAUCUUCAAGCUGUACACAUGUUUCUGCCAUACUGCAUGCACUGGUUGGCCUAAACCCGUCAAGUCUGACUACUACCGCACUACCAUACAGUGAAUGUGACGAUGCUGGACCCGAAGACAUGCCUGUUACGUCUAAGCUUUGUAAAUGGAAUGUACCAAAAGGCCGCAAAAACAGCUCUUUGAAUAUGAUGGAGUUAACAUUCACCAAACAUGAGUAUUCCAAAACAAUAAAGAGGCCUAUUAAACGGCUAGAUGAGUUUGAUCCAAGACCCCAAGAAUUUCGAGGUACUGCCUGUCAACGGCUGCCUGAACUCCUAAAAAAGUUAAGGGGAAAACAGCUAGGCAUUUCUCUUACUGGAUCCUUUGUGUCGAAAUACCAACGAAGAAAUAGACCCUGAAUGUAAAGCUGCAGACAAUGUCACAUUGAGAGAAACAUGUUCAGCUUUCAAAAGAUCCCUGUGUUUGUCUGAAAAAGAAAUUCGAGACACUGAACUGCGUACAAGAGAACAGAGAAUGACACCGUUUUGGUAUUCUGCCCGUCAGUAUCGAAUAACAGCCUCGCCUCUCAGUUUGGUGUAAUAUAUCAUCGAAAAGAGAGUACCCCACCUGACAAACUAGUGUUGCAACUAAUACAAAGGAAAUCCUUUUCGACUUUGGCUACACGAUAUGACAU